GGAAGAUCACUUCUAGUUAUAUGUAGAUCCUCAACCGCGCAUCCAGGUAUUGAAGAUCUCGCAAAACACUCUCGUUUACUAUUACUAUUUCUCUCAUUGAGCCACUCUUCGUUAAGAUCCACUCAUUUAGACAACCAAGAGUGAGAACACACUAUCACGUCGCCAUCAUGAAGUUCUUCGCCCUCCCUAGCAUCGCUACGAUUCUCGCCGUAAACGCAUCACUUGUCGUGGCUUUACCUCUCGAAGCCGAAGCAAACACAAUCAACACAACUCGGAGCACUACAAGCAAUGACUGCUCUAUGGACAAGAUAAGAGAAUGCGUUGCUGAUACGGGACUCGAGAGCACGAUAUGUUUCAAGCAAGUAUGCGCUGGCGUACAAGGAACACCGAGGCAAACCAAACGUCAAGAGGACCAGUGCACCGAAGAAAACCUCCUCCAAUGCGCAGUGAUGGAAUGGCGGGAGGCCGAAGUGUGCUUCCAGGAGUUCUGUCUGUAAAACUAUCGCAGGGCGUUAUAUGGAUCGGAAAGCUCAGGAAACUAUGAAUUAUUUCCUCGGUGACAUGAAUGCGAUUACUCAGA